AUGCGAGUGGGCAAGUUGUGCCGCCUGGCUUUGCGCUUCUGGAUGGGAUUGGUAGUGGUCCUGGGAUUCUCCAGCCACUACUACAGUCCCACUCGACGGCGUCUGGUUCACUCGAGAAUUCUGCAGACAUACGACUGGCUUUUGAUGGUCAUCAACUUGGUGGCGUUCUACGCCUACUAUAGAUACGCCAUGACGUAUUUCCUGGAGGGCAUGUUUAGGCGGCAGGGAUUCGUGAAUCAGGUGUCCACUUGCAACGUAUUCCAGCAGCUACUGAUGGCAGUGACCAGCACCUUAUUGCACCUUCUAUUUGAACGGCAGGUGUGCCAGACGUACAACGAGGUGUCCACUAUUUUGGAGCAGGACCUGCAGCUCAAGGAGCACAGUCGCUUCUACUGCCUGGCUUUUCUGGCCAAGUUCUACAAUUUUUUGCACAACUUCAACUUUGCCCUAAGUGCCAUCAUGCAUUGGGGCCUGCGACCCUUCAAUGUUUACGAUUUACUGGCCAAUCUGUACUUCGUCUACAACUCACUGGCCAGGGAUGCCAUUCAGGUGGUCUAUGUUCUGCUGCUGCUCAACCUGUCGGAGGCACUGCGUCUGAACGGCCAGCAGGAGCACGACUCCUACAGCGACCUCAUGAAGCAGCUGCGCAGACGGGAGCGACUGCUGAGGAUUGGAAGGCGGGUGCAUCGCAUGUUCGCCUGGCUGGUGGCCAUAGCCUUGAUUCACCUGGUGUUCUUCAACACGGCCACCAUUUACCUGGGCUACACCAUGUUCAUCCAGAAGCACGACGCCUUGGGCCUGCGUGGCAGGGGCUUGAAGAUGCUGCUCACAGCCGUCUCAUUUUUGGUCAUCCUUUGGGACGUCGUGCUCCUCCAGGUCGUUUGUGAAAAGCUUCUGACCGAGGAGAACCAAAUCUGCGCCAGUCCAGAGGAUGAGGCUUCUUCCAGGACGACUUACAGACAGUGGGAAAUGUGCGCUUUGAGACGAGCUAUUAGACGAUCAUCGCCAGAAAACAAGGUUUUGGGCAUGUUCCGAAUGGAUAUGCGAUGUGCAUUCGCUUUGAUCAGCUGCAGUUUGUCCUAUGGCAUCAUAAUCAUUCAGAUUGGAUAUAUACCAGGCUAAUUUAACCAUUCCAAAGAAAGUAAUACGCCGGUGCAAUCAGCACUCAAUCAGCAGUUUGCUUCACUUAAGUUAAUUACCAGGAUAAUCUGGAGGAUUGGAUCUCUGGUGGAAUGAAAACAUAACUCGGAGCUAAUAGAUUCAUUGUACGAAAGACCAUGAAACCUAAAGGAAUUAAG